AAGCCUACUGCCGGUGCAUACAUGGAGCAGACUGAAACAAGGCAGCAGCAACACAUUACACAUUUUCCUACAUGUUCAUUCUUCUCAUCCGGAUGCUCCAGCAAACUAUCAGCUGAUGAAAAAACUGACUCCAAAGCACAGUAUCUUUAUGUGUAGGAAGUCUUAGAUACAUCAGAGGGUCACGGUCCCACCAGCAACACUUCUUCCACAAGCACCAGCGCACGAAAGGGAUCUUUAGUCCGGGCUCAGACUCUACACAAAUCGGGCGAUGGAUGUGCUUUGAAAGUGCAGCGUGCUGAUGGGAGGUUGACACAGGGAUGUGAGUGGACCAGUAAAGAUGACCCUGUUGGCGGGCGAUGGCUCCGACUAUGACUACAGCGCCCUGAGCUGUGCCUCUGACACCUCCCUCAACCCUCCUUUCCAACAAGAGGAGGAGGCUCGCAAAGGGGCCUUCUACAAGAGGGCGCAGCCAGCCCCCGAGCUCAGCAGCCUCUGUGAUAACACGCCCCUGUCCAGUGCCCGGAAACUUCACGCCAUCAUCAAUGUGGGGGGCCUUCGGUACCAGCUGCCUUGGACCACCUUAGAGGACUUCCCCCUGUCUCGCCUGGGCCAGCUGCACCUGUGCAGCAGCUUCGACGAGAUCAUGCGCAUCUGCGACGACUACGACGUCACGCACAACGAGUUCUUCUUCGACCGCAGCCCCUGCGCCUUCCGCACCAUCCUGACCUUCCUCAGGGCGGGGAAGCUGCGCUCCCUCAGGCAGAUGUGCGCCCUCUCCUUCAGGGAGGAGCUGCUCUACUGGGGGGUUCCCGAGGAGAGCCUGGAGUGGUGCUGCCGCCGGCGUCUGCUGCAGCGCAUGGAGGAGUUUGAGGCGAUGGAGAGGGCAGAGGAGGAGGAGGAGCUCCUGGAAGAUCUGCUGGAUUCGGACAGCGGCCACAGGGAGCACGCAGCGGAGUCCAGACUGAACCGCUGCAUGGGCAAGCUGAGAGACAUGGUGGAGAGGCCUCACUCGGGCCUUCCGGGGAAGAUCUUCGCUUGCUUGUCGGUGCUGUUCGUCACCAUCACCGCCAUCAACCUGUCCAUCAGCACCAUGCCUGCUAUGAGGGAGGAGGAAGAGGCGGGCACGUGUUCCCAGAUGUGCUAUAACAUCUUCAUUGUGGAGACCGUGUGCGUCGCCUGGUUCUCCCUGGAGUUCACCCUGCGCUUCAUUCAAGAUCGCAGCAAGCUGACCUUCCUCAGGCAGCCCCUGAACCUGAUCGACGUGGUGGCCAUCCUGCCGUACUACAUCACGCUCGUGGUGGACAGCACGUCUAAAGGAGAGAAGCGCCUGGGUUCUGGCAGCAGCUACUUGGACAAAGUGGGCUUGGUGCUGCGCGUCCUGAGGGCCCUGCGCAUCCUCUAUGUGAUGCGGUUGGCUCGCCACUCGCUGGGCCUCCAGACUCUCGGCCUGACUGCGCGCCGCUGCACACGAGAGUUCGGACUGCUCCUCCUUUUCCUGUGUGUGGCCAUCGCGUUGUAUUCCCCCUUGCUGUACCUGAUCGAGAACGAGAUGGCCCCCACGCAGGAAUUCACAAGCAUCCCUGCUACCUACUGGUGGGCUGUCAUCACCAUGACAACAGUGGGUUAUGGGGACAUGGUGCCGAGGAGCAUCCCAGGUCAGGUGGUGGCUCUGAGCAGCAUCCUGAGCGGCAUCCUGCUGAUGGCCUUCCCCGUCACCUCCAUCUUCCACACCUUCUCGCGCUCCUACGUGGAGCUGAAGCAGGAGCAGCAGAGGCUUCUGCAGAGGAGGACACACUUCCUGCUGCGGAGCCGCAUGGCCGGCCUAGGGAGCAACCUGUCCCUAGAGAGUGACAUGCUCUUCCCCAUAGGGGCGUCUGAUACCAGAGACAUGGAUGACUGAGAGAUGACAGAGGGGACAGAAAGAAAAGAUGAAGGCUGCAAUACGUGACACUGAAAGUGCAACUCAAAGUGGGGAACAGCCUCAAUAAGAAAGUCAGAGGAUGUAAGGGUGAAGAGGACAGGACACAGAUAGACGGGUCAGACGGAAAAGUGUCAAAAAGAAACGUUGCAUUCCCGGGAAAGCAGCUUGCUGUGUAGCAGUCAAUAGUUUUCAAGGACACACAUAAAUGAGGAGAUGGGCGGAAUAUGAAAUAAAUAUAUCUGUAAAAUGCAUUAUGUCACAGUUAAGAAAUAUCCACUUUACAACUAAUACACAUAAAGCUCAAGUGUAACAAUAACCCACGUUAUUACAAUGACUACAUUUAAUAAACAAAAAAACAAAACAAAAACACUCUAUUUGUCAAAAGACAUCACUGAAGAGCACAAGCACAAUCUCCUCAUGACUCAGCAGCAUCGUGAUGUUUGUCAUGUCUGAGUUCUCUGGACAUUUUAAUGGAUCUGUAGAUGUCGUGCGCUCCUGGGACUUAACCAGUGUCACUUAAUGGAAGAUGCUUUUAAGUCCCAAAGGUGAAAUUUCUUUCUCAGCCAAACUGUGACCCUUCAUCCCCCGAAUGACUGUGGCAAACCUCUCAGAUAUACAUUGGGUUCCUCACUCAUUUACACUCGGGCACGGCCACAAUCUGCAUAUUAAUUACGGUGUGUUAAUUGUCCUUCUUCUACACCUCCAGGUCCCAUAUGCAAUUUUUGAACACUUCCUGUAGAUAGCAUUAUUGUGCUUGUAAUUACUGCAUUCGCUGUGGAUAGCUGUUUAUAAAUUAUUUCUCUCCUUAAAGUGGAUUUAAACAGAA